AUGUCCCCUGGUAGCAUCAGUUUCCGAUGGGCCGCCGCAGCACCGCAGGCUGCAAGAUGGACGAUUGGCGGGCAGCUGUUCGGCCCUGAAUCUCGCAUCGCCCCCGACGGGCAUCCGCGUUGGUCAGGGUCCACCGAUGUGUGUCCUGAUGAGACUCUGCACGGCCAAGAAGAGGAGGUCCGGCUGGGCAGCCCUGAGUACACUGGCUUCACUUAA